AUGACAGAGCGCACGGACAAAGACCAGACAGGAAAGAAGAACAACAACCCCGCACACCCAGAUUACACUCCGUCCAUUUUCCCGCAAGCAGUGCUGAAGGAAUUGACUAAGAGUACCACACUUGAUCGCUUCAAGAGAGCACAGAAAAGAAAAGCACCAUCCACUACUCUAGUAUCACGAAAGGAAAGGAAGGUGAAGAAGCAACUGGAAUUUGAGGAGACAAGUGUCCCAGAAGAGUUGCAACAAGAAGUGUCAACACCCUGCAUGGAAAUGCAAGACCUGCAGCAGACGGAAUUAGGCAUUGACAAAAUCAGCGAUGAUUCGGUCUCCACCAUCAUAAUACUAAAUACACCUGAAACAAAAGAAAAUGAAGAAAGGGAAAUAAUUUUAUUUUUAUACAUUAACAUAUCACAUCUAGGAGAGUGA